GACGUCCCAAAAUAUAGAGCCGACCGCGGGUCGGAUACGCAGUGUGGUUGAUCAGUGUCGGGAGAGAAGGAAGCACAGCGCCUCAACGCGAGAACGCUCAAGGUGAAAAGGUGGACGACGUGAAGAUUCUUGCCUUCCUUUAUUGGGUGGAACUGUAUGAAAAGUCUCCGUUAAAAGUCCGGUGAAGAGUACCGUUGCACAUUUCAAGUUUGAACGGCCUCGACGUUUUGUUUUGUUUUGUUUUUUUUAAGGGAAAAACAUCGUUUUGCUGUUUUACUUUUUUUUUCUUUUUUUUUAAUCCAAGACAUUUACUCAAGGAGAAUCAUGUUCAAAGUGUGCCUCGCGCUGGUCUUGUUCGCCUCUGUCCAUUCGGAGUCGCAGGUGAGGGAGACAGAGACAUGGAUGCCCAUGAGGACCACUCAGACCAUUUCCAUGUCAGCACACCCUGAAGACCUUGUCUCAUCAGGAGACUCCCAAAAUGGCUCGGAUUUUGCGUUUACUGAGGGCAACGAGGAUGAUGAUUAUGACACACUGUACGAUGACGAAGAUGAGUAUGAUGAGGAGUUCUCUGGAUCCGGUGAUGGAACUGUGUCAAACAGAAAUGUGCACAUCAAGCCAUCAGACAAGCCUGACAUAAAUGACAACAAGAUCCCAGAGCUGGACCGUCCAGUGCGGCCAGCAGUCAAUGAGAUAGAGAUCGUCCAGAACAGCAAUGAGAUCCCCUUGCUUCAGCAUGAGGAGCAGCAUUCCAAUGUGCUGAUGUCCCAUGCAAGUGAAGAGAGCCUCUUUAACAAGACGGAGGUUCUUGCAGCUCUGAUUGCGGGUGGGGCAGUGGGCCUGAUGUUUGCAGUGCUGCUCAUCCUCCUCCUAAUCUAUCGCAUGAAGAAGAAAGAUGAAGGUAGCUACGACCUUGGGAAGAAGCCCAUCUACAAGAAGGCUCCCACCACCGAGAUCUAUGCGUGAACCCUUCAACCCCAGCUUCAACUCCCCAUCCCUCCCUAUUCUGGGCCAUACACGAAGCCCUGCAGUGCCUCCAUCAUUGUACCCUUUCCCACCUCUUCCUUCUCUUCCUGUACACACCUGGCCAUAUAGUUGGGUUGACGCUAUUGUACAAAUCUAAGAGAGAACACUCAACUACACAAAUUGAUUGAUGGACUCCUUCUCCCUGAUAGUAAAUAUCUGUUGGUGCUCUUUUUUCCAAUCAGAAGCUUCAUCGUUUUUCCCGUUUUCAAAGAUUAAUUCUAUCAAACAAGGAAGAGAAACAACAGAAGCGGACCAUUUCAGCUGCCGAAACCGUGCGGUACAAGAUGACCUUUGGAAAUGUACAUAUUUUUUUUUCUUCCGUUCUUUGUUCUUGUCGCCUGUUGAAAAGAAGCAACACCUGAACCAGCGAUUGAGGACUUUGCAAAGAGACCUGUACCUCUUCCCUCCUCUCCUUCUUGUUUGGUCCUCCAUUUGGUAACACUAACACCUGUGCAAUGAUGUCUUCUCUAUGGUACACCGUUAAUGAUCCAGUUAUUUAUUUUCCCCUCUCAUUUCUCCUUGGGUUUCUGCUCUCGGCUUUGUUUUAUGAACUCUGCUCGAUUGCCACAGAUCCCCACAAUACUGUAGUGAAUGACUUUUGAAAACAUCUUUUAUUGUUUGUUUGUUUCUCUUCUGUGUUUUGAAGACAUCCUUGUUAUGCAGAGAUUUGAUGGAUUUAAAUUUUGCUAUUAAAGGUACUGUCCUUAAAAGAAAAUUAAGAUUGCAUGUUGUUAAAAUGAACCUCCAUAUGGAUUGGAAUAUGUCUGGUGACAUUGUGCUUUUUUUUUCUUUACUAAGGUACUCCGUUAUCCAUUAGAGGUGCUUUGUGCCUAAAUGAUGCUCACCGGUGAUCCUACUAAUAAAAUGAAUGAAAAGGCAGGACAUAUCUGGCAGGGCAAUCAUACUUUAUAAACAAACCCCCACCCCCCUCCGCAUGAGUCAAGUAGUAUUUGCAAACCAUUUUUGGUUGUAGGAGCGACAUGCAGAAUGGUAGGACCUCACCACAAAAAGGACAGUUCAGAUAGCAUUGGGUAGAUUUUCAGUCACGGAGAACAAUUGACAUAUUAAAUUGACUUUCAGCUAUUUUUAUCUGAUUCAACUUUUUAAGUCCUUUUUUUUCAUUAUUGGGAAAGCUCAUUAAUCUGAAAAUAUUGCCAAAACGACAACGCGUUUGCCAAUACUGCAUGAUCCAAGUUGCACACACACACAAUUUUUUAUAGUCGAGGAUUGUAUUCAGUUGUUAACUUGGAGUACUUCCAAAGCCUGUAAAUUAUGUCACGGCUGUAAUUAUCACAGCUCUUCAGGCUCUUUGUUUUACAAUGGUGAAAAGAACUGAACUCAAACUGACAUGUUCUUGCAGAACGGCACAUUCAUUUUACAAACACACGUGCACACAAAACUCUUCAAUGCUGUUUGAAGGGAGAAAAAAUCAACAAACUGAAUAUUUAUUUAGCAAGUGAAACGCUUGAGCUUAUGAUUCAGGCUGUUUUUUUUUUGUUUGUUUUUUUUUUAAACCCACAUCGAAGUACCCAAAUUAGUUCAGUGUCCAGCCAAAUGCGCAUGAAGUGUAACGUUGAGAGUCGGUAGCUCAUCCUCACAUUAUAAUUGGAGAAACCAACUGACAGGUUUUGAGUUGUGUGAGCGAGUCAUGGGUACUUUUAGUCGUUAAGGUUUCAGGUUCAACGCUUGCCUGAUAAGCUAGCCCAUCAGAUAUCUACAUAUACACUCGAUGCGGGUUCUCUGAACAAUCACUACCCAGCAGUGUGUGGGUUUGAUGCUCCCCUUGUCAUCUAAAUGAAACAGGUUGUGUUUGAUAUCGUCAUCACAAGCCGGUCUACCAAGGAUUUGUACAUAAUCAUCAGAGGAAACCUUAAACUGGGUACUUAGCCAUUUCUCGGCAACGCAAAAAAACAAAACAAAACUUAUCUACCAAAUAUUUAAAUGCCAAAUUGUCUUUUUUUUCCCUCUUAUUUUUGCUUUUCUUUCUUAACACCCACAUCAAUAACUUCUGACUUUAACAUGAAUUACGUGUAAAUGUCGUGAAUAAAGUUGGGCUGUCUUCCUCUGGCCAGCACCGAGUGAGGGAUGGUGUGUUUUGAUGAUGCUACCCAUGCUAAUACUAACUUGUCCUCAAGUCUAGUUGUCCUAUUUGUUUCAUUAUUUUUUUGUAAGUAGAUAAAACAUGUUCCAGUUUUUUUUUUCGUAUUAAUUUAACUGUCAAAAUAUUUUAUUGCCUUCUUUCAGGUUGGGGUGUUUUCCCCGUUUUUAAGCUGUUGUAUAUGUGAUUUUUAAAAGUUUUAUAUACACUAGUUCAAAAUUUUCAGAAGCAAAUAGUUUUGAAAUGGUUUUAUUUUUAUUUUGUAAGAGUUUCUCGUAUCCUUUAGACAUUUUUGGUUUGUUUUUGAAGCGCUAUGUAUUUGUUUUAUUUUUCAUGUGUAGCAGAAGGAUUUCUUAUGUGGUCAAUGUUUAAUCGUUCAAUACGUCAGUCUGGGGACGUUGUGCCGAUGAGCCAUGUUGUUUGUUGCAGACCCGGGCCCGUUACCAGUUAAAAUAGUUUCAGUUACUGCAUCAAUGUUUCUCAUGGGCAGGAAACUUGCUGUCGUUUGACCAGUUUUAUGUGUAUAAGCUGUCAAGGGGUAAACGUGGUACCCAGUUGGCUAACUGCUUUGGGGAAAGUUGAACAAACACAUUCAGCAACCCUGACCAGAAUGUACCAAUACCUGAUUGGCAUUGUAAAUUGAUGUUUUAAUCCUAUGCCCCCGGCCCCAAGUCGUGUUACAGUAAAUUGGUUAUGCAUUUCAAACAGUCAUCCUUGUGAUCACUUGGAGUGAUAGGCCCCUCAAAUUCAAGGCAGACUUAAGUUUUUACAGGCACCCUGAUUACUUAAACACAAACACACACACACACACGAGUAAAAUCCAGCAAUUGAAUCUUUUUUUUUUUGUCCUUUGUUUUGUUUUGGUUUUUUUUGCUGUGGGGGGUGCAAUUCCGUUGGUUUGGAUGUGUCCGACAAUAUCUGUUAAUCCAUGGAAAGUCAUUGAAUGCAUUUUAAACCGUACGCGGUCCUGGUCUGGCCACCUAGCAUGGGGGAGUUAAUGUUCUGCUGCUUAAACUGUCUCACACACCACAUGUGAAUCAUCAGUGAGUGGGGAAGCCAAUGAAUCAUUGGUUUCUAUGUGCAGGUUCUGAUUUAUUAUUGGAAAUAAAGCUAUUUUUAUGCACAUUAA